AUGAAUAUGAACCAUCAAGAAAUUGGAGGCUUGGAUGACCUUUUUGAUGAUAAUGAACGAAUAACCAACUGUCCCUUAUGUAGACCAGAGCUUAUGAACCAUUGCUCCACUCCUAGUAAUGCCAGAAGAACUUCUGUGGAACAGUACUCCCUUUUUAAUAAUGAAACUAACGUCUUUAAAGAAGCCACUGUUGGAAUUGCUGCUGUCACAAGACCACCUACCAAGAAAUAUGGAAGGUCAAAAUCAAGCACAACCUCACCUAUAUGUACAAACGGAUAUGAACCUGAGAAUGAACUAGAGGCAUACAUAACCUCUGUGGCACAACAUCAACCAUAUACAACACAAAGACCAAAAGGCCAACCCAAAAAAUCGAAAAUAAAUGAAAAUUCGCAAUCACUUCCUAAAAAAGUUUCACCUCCCAGACCGAGACAGAAAAGAGAGUCCUCUAUAAUUAACAAACUGGUUCCUUACGAUGUGUCUGAUGACAUAAUAAACUCAAGAGCCAAUGUGACCCUUGGACAGAUACUGCAGUACCCUGACCAAUGUCAAAAACUAGCAAAAGUACUAAAAUGUCCCCUAUUACCACUAGUACCACCAGUGUUGUACCCUGAUCAAAUGAAAACCCAUGCUGCUCAAGACCCUCAAUUUGGAAAAACUAUUGCUACUAGGUGCUAUAUAAAAAUAAGAAAUAACCCUAUACUUGCUGUACUAGAUUCUGGUGCUGCAGUAAGUAUAAUGUUCAAUAAAAUAGUAAAAAAGCUUGACCUUAAGAUUACUGAGUUCUCUACUACUAUGGUUAUAAUAGCAAAUAGAGCGAGAGUAAGAGCCCUAGGAAAAGUGGUCGAUGUUAAGUUAGUUGUAGAUAGAAUUUUGGUCCCAACCACCUUUCAAGUUAUCAAAUCAACUGACAAAACCCUUCUUUUGGGAAUGGACUGGUUCAAACGAAUAGAAAACCCUUUGAUGGAACUUGAAGAUGAUGAGGAUAAAGGUACCUUUGAUGAAUUUGAAUUUGAAGAUGAAUCACUAGAAGAAGCAGAAGGAUAUUUUACCUGUAAAACCUCUGGAAUCGACCCUGCCACCUACCUGUUACAUGUAGAAGAGUUGCUGUCGAAUGAACCUGAACCUGAACCUGAAGAAGAAGAACUCCUUGAAGUAAAGCUGGAAAAAAAUGUGUGUAGUAGUAGUCUGCUCCUAGAAUAA